AUGAGACAGCGACGGUGGUUAGAGUUAGUGAAAGAUUACAACUGCACUAUCUUGUACCAUCAGGGUAAGGCUAAUGUAGAUGCUGAUGCAUUGAGUAGAAUGAAUAUGGAACAGUUGUCAGCAUUGUGUACAAGACAGGAUCAUUUAAUAAGAGAUUUUGAAAACCUGAUAAUUGAAAUCAGGGUUGAGGUAGGAACUGAGAAGAGGAAGGGAUUUGAAAUAGCCAAAGAUAGAGCGUUGAUGCUAAAGGGUCGAUUGUGCGUGCCAAAGGAUGAAGCGUUGAGAAAUGAAAUUAUGACUGAGGCUCACUCAGCUCCUUACGUUGCCCACCCAGGUGGAACUAAAAUGUAUCGAGAUUUGCGUAAUACAUUUUGGUGGAGAAAUAUGAAAGGGAAGAUAGCUCUGUUUGUGUCCAAAUACAUGGUUUUCCAACAAGUGAAGGCCGAACAUCAGAGGCCGUACGGACUGUUGAACCCCAUGGACAUACCAGAAUGGAAGUAG